AUGCUUCAGAAAAUAAGGCCCGUAUUCAGACAGCAAAUUUUGAUGCCUUUAAGGGUGGAUAUUCGUUGUUACAGCAAAUUUAGUACCGAGUAUACUCCAUCCCCACCAAAGUUACCAAAAGAGCAACAGGAGGAGUUUGAAGCUUUGCAAAAGAUUGCCAAUUCACAAGCUGCUAUUGAUCAAUAUAAUGAACAGAUGGAAACGACCGGAAGUGCUAAUAGUGAUAGUGUAGACACCCUGGCACCACCGAAAACAGACAUUGGUGGAUUUCAUCCAGAAUAUUUCAAGACCAUACCAGAGUUUGAAGGUGACGUAAAUCCAGUCACCGGUGAAAGAGGAGGUCCUAAACAAGAUCCUUUAAAACAUGGGGAUGAAUGGUCGUUUAAUGGUAGAGUUACAGACUUCUAG